CUGGCCUUGAGUUGGCGGAAGUUUACAGCAAUUGAUGUUGUCGUGUAGAGCUGCGACCAACGCUUUUUGAUAAUAUGGAUGUAGGUUCAGUUAGAAGUUACGUUCUUAGCAAUGUUGCUGAAGUUGUCGAAAGGAUCCUGAGCUUUGUUCCAACCAAAUCGCUUCUUCGAAUGGCGAGUGUGUGUCGUCUCUGGAGAAAUUGUGCACGGCGCGUGCUCCGAACCCAGCAGCAAAUGACCUGGUUAGCAGCCUCAGGUUCCUCCAGGUAUGAGGGUCACGUUCUCCUGCGCACUCUCUAUGAGGAACUGGAGAAUGUGUACCUGCUACCUCAGAUGGCCUUGCUGAUGGUGGACAGUGAGAACUUCAGCUCACCAGAAUGCUGUUUUCAACAGAAAAAGGCACGUCGGAACAACAGUGAAGAUCCCGAUUCUGUAGGACUUUUAAAACGUUUGUUGCCAGACAACUGUGACAUCAUUGGGAUUGCCACUCCAGGGAUUGUAUUGACUCCUGUUGGCUCGCCCAGUGCCCCACCAGAGGAGCAUGAAGAUGGAGAGGCUGGUUUUGCACUCCUGCUUCCCCACAUAGAAGGGGUUAGAAUCAGACCAUUUCACUUCUGCAAGCACACUUUGAAUGCCAGUGCUCUAGAGCAUGCAGGUCUUGUUGGCAAUCCUGACUUAAAAGUGGUGCUCCUGUUUGGAUAUAUGGCGUUUAAGUCUGGAGCCUCUCGUUUCUUGAAUCAGCUGCUGGAACCACUCUCGCACACCAACGCCUUGAUUGCAGGAGGCCAUGUGGAGAAGGCUUUCUGCCCAAACAGAGACUGUUGUUCUGCUGGGUCAUAUGGAGUGGUGGGCUUGGCACUGAGUGGCAACCGUAUCCAAGGAGCGUCAGUGCUGCUGGAGCAGGAAGUGAGCAGCGCGGCUGCAGCUGAGGCCGUAUUGCAGCGUCUGAAGGCUGCACGCAUUCCAGAACAUAACACCAUCGGGCUCAUGUUUGCUUGUGUUGGUCGUGGGCACAAUUAUUAUAAUAACCAACGUAAUGUCGAGGCUGUAGCCUUCCGGAAACUUUUUCCCAAUGUACCCCUCUUUGGAUUUUUUGGGAAUGGUGAAAUUGGAUGUGACCGUAUCGUCAAAGAGAACUUUACACUUUCGCAUACAGACACAGAUGGACUACAACAUGGAUACACAACAGUCAUGAGUCUAGUGCACCUAGGCUAGUAAAAUGAAAUCGUUUUUUUUAUUUAUUGCACAGUUAGAGAAUUCCAAGCAGUACAAUUUUAUGGUAGACAAGUUUCUUGGACCUUCAAAAAGCACCUGCCUGUCUUGUGUGUUUCAGGGUGAUUGUCACAGCACCUGAUUUCAGUGUAUGUGAUAUGUUAUUGACAGAUAUUGUUGACCAGUAAAAUAUAUUGGCCAUUCAUUGUGCAUUUGCCAAUUUAGGUUACCAGUCUGUAAUCUGAACAAAUCAAAACAAAUGGGCAAAAGAGAGAUAUAGAAAUGUGUGUGAAAUAUCUGUGAUUCUUAGCAUACUUCUCUUGUGCUAGCUAAGAAUGUGCAACAAUAACAAUAUUAUCAUCAAAAACAAUAAUAACUUCAGAUGCAUUCCUUAUGGAAAUACCAGUGCAUGCAAAGUGGAUGUUGGAAUGUUGCUUGGGUAGUCAUUUUGGUUCCUAUGGUAGUUGCUUUGUUGACAUUACGAUAGCAUAUUUUUCUUGGGCUUGCUAGUAUAUCAGCAAGAACAACAAUUAUAAUUAGGGCUCAAUUAAUUAAAUUGAGAAAAAAAAGCUGAUUACAAAUCAAUAAUGCAGAUUAUUAGAUGCCAUAUGACCUUUGACCCAGAGCCAUUCUAGUCAGUAGCCAUUACACUGUAAAAUGAAGGAGGGAGAUGAGAAUAUGCUGCCUGGAUCAUUAAUAGGAACAUUGAACAUGGAACAAAAAAUGGGCUGAUGGUAUUGAUGGUAUUGUCUUCUGCAAUGUCUGCAGCAAGUAUCACCAGAGUUUGUCAACUCUAAAGUACCACAUCAAUGCAAAUAAAUAGUGUUGACAUUGAGGGGAGUGUUUAUUUAUUUUCGUUGUGUCCCCUAGGUUAUAUCUGUGGCCUGAAAUGCCUUGUACGUGGAAAAAACUUCUUCCAGAAGCACUUUUGAAAUCAUUUCCUCAGCAUAUUACUGUAAGUCAAAUUGUAGAUUGUUAAGGCCAUUAUUUGAACAGUGAAAAUGAUAAUUAAAGAGUUUUUGAACUUUAA